CAUAUUAAAAGUCCAUGGCCACGUUCAACCUUUAUAAAGGUCGGGUUCAUCUCAAACCCUAGUUCUCAGCGAAGCGAAAACCUCAGCCUACUUCGUGCGCAGCUCAUUUCUGAUUCAAUGGGGGCUUACAAGUACGUUUCGGAGCUAUGGAGGAAGAAACAAUCCGAUGUGAUGAGGUUCUUGCAGAGGGUAAGGUGUUGGGAAUACCGCCAGCAUCCUUCCAUCGUCCGAGUCACUAGGCCAACACGCCCAGACAAAGCUCGUCGUUUGGGUUACAAGGCCAAGCAGGGAUACGUUGUUUACCGUGUACGCGUGAGGCGUGGUGGAAGAAAGAGGCCAGUCCCCAAGGGUAUUGUCUAUGGUAAGCCCACAAACCAGGGAGUUACUCAAUUGAAGUUUCAGAGAAGCAAGAGGUCUGUUGCUGAGGAACGUGCCGGACGCAAGUUGGGAGGUCUCAGGGUUCUCAAUUCCUACUGGAUCAACGAGGAUUCGACUUACAAGUACUUUGAGGUGAUAUUGGUGGAUGUUGCCCACAACGCAGUCCGUAAUGACCCAAGAAUCAACUGGCUCUGCAAUCCUGUUCACAAGCACAGAGAGCUUCGUGGUCUUACCUCUGCAGGCAAGAAGUUCAGAGGUCUGCGUGGAAAGGGACACAGGAACCACAAGAACCGACCUUCCCGCAGGGCAACAUGGAAGAAAAACAACACUGUCUCUCUUCCGCGUUACCGUUGAUUUUGGUCGUAUUGUUUGUGUUUUUGGAUCAUUUUCAGGACAUUGUCUCGAGAACGUUGUAGUUGUUAUUUUGCGUUUGAAAUUUUGGAGAUUGAUAUACCUUGAGUCAUGUUUCAUUUGAAUGAUUUGCUAUCUAAUUUAAUAUAUCUAGUUUUUAUGGUA